GACGUCCGCCCCAUUACUGCCCGAGAUCCUCGCCCGGACCUGCGUCGCCCUUUCGCUCGCUCGCCCUCUUUCCGCUUCGUACGCUCGCUUUUGCCCGUUGACUUCCCCGCCGCCAUGUGCUUGGUGUUGUAGAGUGCCCACCAUCACCGCGACUGCCAGCAUAUCCCCGACCACCUCCGCCGCCCGUUUCAUCCACGCCAGGCACUCCUCGACCGACCCAGGCCAGCGCUGCUGCUUGUCCCGCCCUGCCUGCUCAGGCGCAUAUUCCUACGCUGCUUCCUCGCCCGCCGCUGCCACUCCACCGCACAUCCAUACACCCGCCCUGUUUCCAUACGCGCCGCCCCAAGCGUCACCGGAGCUCACGCGUGCGCUGCCACAUCGACGCCAUAUCCUGGCCUGGAGCUGCAGCCGCACCGCAGUCUGCAAGCUGGACAGUGAACAUGAAGAGAGGGACCCGGGGGCGAUGAUGGCAACGUGCACCGCGCCCAAUGGCGCCCGCGUACUAAGGGAUGGCAGCCAACGCGAACUGCCUUCCCUCCAACCCACACAACCUCGCCCACGACCGCGACGGAAACGGCCCACCGGCUCGCCGUCACAAUUGUUAUCCCUAUUCGUACUCGUUGUAAUACUGGCGGCACUUCCCGUAGCCAACGCCGUCUUCAUAAACUUCGACAACUGUCUGGACUCCAACUACCGCCGCGAAACCGCCCCAGUCCGUCUGCAGUUUACGCCCAUGCAUGUCUGGGUCAAGUUCAACAACACGGAUUACACACACCGCUUGAAUGUCACCAUCUACGGCAAUGUGUCUGGACAGUUCACAGGUGGCGACUAUCCUCCGCCCUCGUCUCCCAAGUGGAAGGAUCCCAAGGAAUCUUUUGGCAAGAUCCCAAACUUAUGGCGGGUGGGCGCUCCGGGCACUCCUGGAGGUGUCGCUACAACCCUUUUCCCGACCUUUGAUGCGCUCACUUACUCGUCUUGGAACCCCGGCCCGCAGCAAUUCUGUGAUUACACCAUCAACACAGCAUGCCCGAUUGCGCCCGUCUUCCCACAGACGGUGCCUGAUGGAACUAACUUGAGCGAUCCGACUGUACUGCCAGCAUUCGGCGUCCAAAGAGAUUUUUACAGCAGUUACUCCUUCACUACUUGGGAAGCCACCUUUCGUAUCGUUGCGGGUGACGUGAAUGCCACGACGAUCGGCUGCGUCUCUGCUACAAUAACUCCAGAUCUGGGACCCAGUCUGAGCGAUGCUAUACGGUACAUGCCCGCAGCCAUCCUCGUACUCGUCGGCAUUGCUACCGUCUUUGCUGGCAUGUACAGCCCUUGGGGUUCGACCAAUAUCUUUCGUUGGUCCAGCAACUACGGUAGAGACGAGGAUCUGCUGCGAUUAGUGACGCCUGGAUUCGGAGAUUGCCUACAAUACAUCCAGUUCAUUGUCUUGGCUGGCAGCUUGAAUCUGCAGUACCCAGGCUACUUCCAGCCUGUGAUAAGCCGGGCAAGCUGGUCAUCACUCAUGUUCAAUCAGAGCUUCGUCAGCGGUCUUAAUGGAACACAGAGUCUAGAAGACGGCAUCUACUUCGUGAACGGCACUUAUGGCUUGUCCAAGCUGAGCAAAUACGUCGGCAUAUCAGAGGACCAGGAUGUGUGGGCCGGCAUGGCCAUCUGGCUGCUUGUACUGAUUGGGAUCGUCGUUUUGCUGGUACAGCUAGGUUUCUUCCUGCGCUGGGUUUUCCGCCUCGUUACCAAAGUUCAGGACACCGAUCUCCGUGGCAAGAACUGGCCUUUCACAGCUGGCAAUAUCGUGCGCAUUGUGCUCAAUUGGUUCAUGCUGCCCAUCGUCACGUUAUCAUUGUUCCAAAUGGUAGUUGCACCAGGGUCCUCUGCCUCAGUGGUUGCCUGUGCCGUAAUUCUCCUGAUAGGAGUUAGCGGAGCAGCAGUAUGGAUAUUCUGGAUGAUCUUCACGACUCGACCGCGUGCCCAUCUUUUUGACGAUCUCCCUACUGUUCUAACGUACGGUCCGCUAUAUAAUACCUACUCGGACGAUGCGGCCCCGUUUGCCUUCAUUCCGGCUCUGCUGACUGUGAUCCGCGGCAUCGCCAUCGGAGCUAUCCAACCAUCGGGCAUCGCGCAGAUCAUUGUUCUCGCCAUUUGCGAAAUUAUUAUGAUCAUGACAUUGCACGCUUUCAGGCCUUUUCAGUCGAACACGUCCAUGAACGCGUACCAUACUUUUUUCGCAUCAGUCCGGCUUGCCUGCAUUCUACUUAUGGUAGCGUUUGUUCCGUCGCUAGGAGUGUCUGAAGCGCCAAAAGGGUGGAUCGGCUAUGCUAUCCUUCUGCUGCAUGCGAUCGUCUUAGUAUUCGGAUUCUUCCUCAACUCUCUUCAGACCAUCAUCGAGGUUGCUGCCAGACUCACAGGCGCAGGGGCGGACCAGCGUGGAGGCCUCACAAAAGUCUUUGGCAAACGCGAUCUUGCAAAACGAAACCAUCGACACCAGCGCAGCAGCCUGAACUCGAACGCGGCGAUGCUUGCCCAUGACGGGAACAAGGGGUCUAUUCAGCUCAGUGGAGGACGGACUCGCAGCCUUUCUGGUAGCUCUGCUGUUCUUUUGAACGGGCCUUAUGGCACCAAUCGUGAAAGCGUUGCUUUUGACGGCUUCAGCCAAGGAGAGUACAGUCACGGUGGAACAAGCCCAGGAACGCCGGGCACCAAUGCAACCCCUUUCACGUUCUUGGCAGGAUCUGCGUCGAGUUCUCGACGGCCGACCAUGGGUACAAUGUUGGACAACCCUGACCCGUACUACCGACCACCCAGAGCGCGGAAGCAUACUAUGGAAUCGAUGACGGCGAGCUUGUCGAACAGAAGAUCCCAGAGCGCCGAUUUGACAAACACGCCAUACGCGGACAAUCCAGAUCUCGAAAGUGGGGAUUUGGGCGAGGGUCCGUCAUCGUGGUCACCCGGAAAGCGAUCCAUCACCCCUGCGUUCUUACGCAUGCAGCGCGACGACUCAGAUCCUAGUGUCGAUCGCCGCAACAAUACUGACUACUCUGUGCGCGAGUCGGACUUCUACUACGGUCUUCGCGGGCCGGCUCUAUCAUCCCAACCAACGCGCAAGCUGAAGACGGGACCCGCAGAUCCAAUGGGCCCAGUUUCAUCAGCCACAGGCUGGUUCAAGAGCUUGGGUUUCUUUGCUGGAAAGAAGAAGGAAAAGGGCAAGGGAUUUGAAGUCGUCCGCAGCACGCGUAUGCCACCGCAAAUGAUUGCUGAAGAGGAGGAAGAAUCUCCGCAUGCAGCCCAAGAGCCAUACCAUGACAGCCCUGCUGGAUCUCCGAACGACAAGAAGAAGUCGAUACAACAGGAUAGCCCUGGUGCAGCUACGGCAGCCGGUGCCAUCAGGCGUUCGAGCGUCAGUGAAUCAGACAAGAGCAGCGACGACGACGACGAGGAUGACUAUGAUGAUAUCCCGCCGCACACGAGAGUAUCUGAUCUACCUCCUAUGCUCGGCGCAAUCGAUACUGGCGGUGGCAUCGAGCUUCCCAGUAGAAUUGGGUCUCGUGCAUCGCGCAUGUCCAGACAACAGCCACCAAGUCGCGCUCCCACAAUACCACGCAAGAGUUCCAGGCGGACGCCUUCUACAGAGGCAGCCAUCCUGGAGAGCAGCAAUCGAUUAUCAACGGUCACGGCGUCUCCACCGAGAUCGCCAAGACGACGAUCUGCACACCUUGCCAGCACUCCAAGCCAGCGUCUUCGCCCAGCAGGAAACACUAUCCCCAUUCGUUUACCCUUUGGAUCAUCAGAGCCGUCGCCAUCGCCGGAUCCCAGUCCGAACCAUUCGGCAGCUUCAAGUCUGUACCCGACGCAUGACAGCGACUAUCACGCGUUGGGUACCGGAAACACGCUCGCACCGCCUCCGAUCAUCCAGACUGGAGAGCGGCCGUUGAGCACAGGAUACGUGCAUCAGCACGUAGCACGCGACAGCAUUCAAAACGACAACCACGUUCCAGGCAGCCAUCUCGAAACGUCUGCCGAGAUCAUUGAUCGAAGCAGAAGCGUUAGCACACAAGGCAGCCUGAACAACCGGCGCCGAUGAUUUAUCCAUGUUUAAGUUUGCUAAUUAAUUCUGAAUUCAUUGUACAAGAUUUCAGAUGGAGGAGGAAGCGGGGGUGUCAAUACAGCCCCAUUCGAUGUCUAGUGUAAUCCGAAGCCCCUUCGGCUUUGUGUCACGAAUUUCCUUGCUACUGUACAACUCAUCGUCAUCAAAAGGGGUUUUUUGCAGUUUUUAGCGUUCUUGGGGUCGGGUCAGUCAGGCUACAAUGGUCGGGCACAUGCAUUGUACAUCUACGGCCAGCAGGAGCAACACCGCAUAUAGGCGACUACAUAAUACAGCAAUUUGAUCUUCUAG